AUGAUAAAUUUGCUGUUGUAUGUGGCAAUAACUGUUCUAUUAUUUAUGAGUCAUUUCCAUGGAGUCCAUGCAGAUGUGACAGUUUCCUCGCCUACAAAGGGAAAGAUAUAUACUGCUACUGGUGGAUCAGUGACUGUUCCAUUACAGUGGAUAGACGAUUCGAACUAUCCUCCAUUAGACAAAAUAAAAUAUUAUACAUUUUCUUUAUGUUACGGUCCAAACAGUGAUAUCAGCAAUGUAUACACUAUUGGUAAACAAGUCCUGUCGAGCGAUAUCACGGUGACUACGAGUGAUGGUGGUAAAGUGUACAGCUACGACUCGGUUAUUCCAGCAUCUAUUGUAGGUAAUGGCCAAUUCUAUAUCCAGGUGUAUGCUGUGGUUGAAGGCGAGGGGGACACGAUCCAUUAUUCUCCAAGAUUCACUUUGGCCGGGAUGAGUGGAGUUAACACAUACACUUAUACGUAUUCCGUCCAACCACCAGCUAUAACUGAGAUCAACACUGGAGGUGCGGGCAAUGCAGACACUUCAAUAAAUUCAGCAUCCUUUUCUAUUCCAUACACUUUACAAACCGGUAAGACGAGGUAUGCACCAAUGCAAAUGCAGCCUGGCUCCACGGUGACCGCGACAACAUGGACAAGAAGGUUUCCUACGAGUAAAGUGACAUUUUAUUCGACUUUCAGAAAAUCUUUGGAUCAAGUGUCUACAAUUACACCAGGUAGAUCAUAUGUGAUGACAUCGGAUAUCAACGCUGCACCUCCUGCACUAAUGCCAUCUGAGAAUGGUGGUUGGUACAAUCCAUCUAAAAGGUUGACUUUGACUGCCAAAAAAAUCUAUAGUUGGUAA